CGGCCAGCACAGCUCCACAUAUAUCUUUGCGGGAAGACGGAGAAGGCAGGCCGCGCCCCCUUCGGCUCACGACGUCACUGCGCCGCCGCUCGGCGCGUGUGGGGCUCUCUUCGCUUGCGAGUACAUGCUUCGCAGGUCGCCCCUCCGCCUGGCUUCGCCACUACCGGAGGGGCUCGAGCGACCUGGCGACCCGGAGACCCAGUGCGCGUCGUGAGAGCACAGAAGCACGGUCAGGGAGAGGCCCGUGCGCAGCCCUGGGCGGACGCACCGCUGUUUGCGUUUCCUCAGAGCGCGGCGUAGGAGUCGCUUCAUCAUGAGAAAUCUAAAGUUAUUUCGGAGCUUGGAGUUCAGGGAUAUUCAGGCUCCAGGGAAACCUCAGUGCUUCUCUCUCCGAACUGAACAGGACACAGUGCUCAUUGGCUCAGAACAUGGACUGAUAGAAGUAGACCCUGUCGUAAGAGAGGUGAAAAAUGAAAUUCCUCUGGUGGCAGAAGGCUUUCUCCCAGAGGAUGGAAGUGGCUGCAUUGUUGGUAUUCAGGAGUUGCUGGAUCACGAGUCUGUGUGUGUGGCCACAGCUUCUGGAGAUGUCCUACUUUGCAAUCUCAACACACACCAGCUGGAAUGUGUCGGGAGUGUAGCCAGUGGUAUCUCUGUCAUGAGUUGGAGUCCUGACCAAGAGCUGGUGCUUCUUGCCACAGGUCAACAGACCCUAAUUAUGAUGACAAAAGAGUUUGAACCAAUCAUGGAACAGCAAAUCCACCAGGAUGAUUUUGGUGAAAGCAAGUUCAUCACUGUUGGCUGGGGCAGGAAGGAGACGCAGUUCCAUGGAUCAGAAGGCAGGCAAGCCGCCUUUCAGAUGCAAAUGCACGAGUCUGCUUUGCCCUGGGAUGACCAUAGACCACAAGUUACCUGGCGUGGUGAUGGACAGUUUUUUGCUGUGAGUGUUGUUUGCCCAGAGACAGGGGCUCGAAAGGUCAGAGUGUGGAGCCGGGAGUUUGCUUUACAGUCAACCAGUGAGCCUGUGGCAGGACUGGGACCUGCUCUGGCUUGGAAGCCCUCAGGCAGUUUGAUUGCAUCUACGCAAGAUAAACCCAAUCAGCAGGAUGUUGUGUUUUUUGAGAAAAAUGGACUUCUCCAUGGACAUUUUACACUUCCUUUCUUUAAAGAUGAGGUUAAGGUUAAUGACCUUCUCUGGAAUGCAGAUUCCACUGUGCUUGCAGUUUGGCUGGAAGACCUUCAGAGGGAAGAAAAUUCCACUCUAAAAACCUAUGUUCAGCUCUGGACUGUUGGAAACUAUCACUGGUAUCUCAAGCAAAGCCUGCCCUUCAGCACCUGUGGGAAGAGCAAGAUUGUGUCUCUGAUGUGGGACCCGGUGACCCCAUACCGGCUGCAUGUUCUCUGUCAAGGCUGGCAUUACCUCUGCUAUGACUGGCACUGGACGACUGACCGGAGCUCAGGAGAGAAUUUAAGUGACAUGGCAAAUGUGGCUGUUGUUGAUGGAAACAGGGUAUUGGUGACAGUCUUCCGGCAGAGUGUGGUUCCGCCUCCCAUGUGCACCUACCGACUGCUGCUCCCACACCCUGUAAAUCAAGUCGUGUUCUCGGCACACCCUAAAAAGAGCAAUGACCUCGCUGUCCUAGAUGCCAGUAACCAGAUUUCUGUUUAUAAAUGUGGUGAUAGUCCAAGCAUAGACUCUACGGUGAAACUGGGAGCUGUGGGUGGAAAUGGAUUUAAAAUUUCUCUUAGAACACCUCAUCUGGACAAGAGCUACAAAAUUCAGUUUGAGAACAGUGAAGAUGAAGAAGUAAACCCACUGAAGCUUGGCCUUCUCACCUGGGUUCAGGAAGACGUUUUCCUGGCUGUGAGCCACAGUCAGUCCAGCCCACAGUCUGUCAUUCACCACCUGACUGUGGCCCCUUCUGUGAUGGAUGACGAGCAGGGACAGCUCAACAUUAGUUCAUCUGUGACAGUGGAUGGGGUCAUAAUCAGUCUGUGUUGCAACUCCAAGACCAAGUCAGUAGCACUGCAGGUGGCUGGUGGUCAGAUACUUAAGUACCUUUGGGAAUCACCCUCUCUGGCUGUUGAACCAUGGAAGAACCCUGGUGGAUUUCCUGUUCGAUUUCCUUAUCCGUGCACACAGACCGAACUGGCCAUGGUUGGAGGAGAGGAAUGUGUCCUCGGUCUGACUGAUAGAUGUCGCUUUUUCAUCAAUGACACUGAGGUUGCUUCAAAUAUCACAUCAUUUGCAGUAUAUGAUGAGUUUUUAUUGUUGACGACUUAUUCCCAUACCUGCCAGUGUUUUUGCCUGAGAGAUGCAUCAUUGAAAACAUUACAGGCAGGUCUGAGCAGCAGCCAUGUGUCUAAUGGGGAAUCUCUGCGGAAGGUGGAGAGGGGUUCACGCAUUGUCACUGUUGUGCCCCAGGACACAAAGCUUAUAUUACAGAUGCCAAGGGGAAACUUAGAAGUUGUUCAUCAUCGAGCCCUGGUUUUAGCUCAAAUUCGGAAGUGGUUGGACAAACUAAUGUUUAAAGAAGCAUUUGAAUGCAUGAGAAAACUGAGAAUUAAUCUCAAUCUGAUUCAUGAUCAUAACCCUAAGGUGUUUCUUGAAAAUGUGGAAACCUUCAUAAGACAGAUAGAUUCUGUAAAUCAUAUUAAUCUGUUUUUCACAGAAUUGAAGGAAGAAGAUGUUACAAAAACCAUGUACCCUCCACCAGUUACCAGCACUGUCCAGCUGUCCAGCGAUCCUGAUGGGAAAAAAGUAGACCUUAUCUGCGAUGCUAUGAGAGCAGCCAUGGAGAACAUAAAUCCUCACAAGUACUGCCUAUCAAUACUCACCUCUCACGUGAAAAAAACAACCCCAGAACUGGAAAUUGUGCUGCAGAAGGUACACGAGCUUCAAGGAAGUGCUGCACCUGUUCCUGAUGCUGUGAAUGCUGAAGAGGCCCUGAAGUAUUUGCUGCUUCUUGUAGAUGUUAAUGAAUUAUAUGAUCAUUCUCUUGGGACCUAUAACUUUGAUUUGGUCCUCAUGGUAGCUGAGAAGUCACAGAAGGAUCCCAAAGAAUACCUUCCAUUUCUAAAUACACUUAAGAAAAUGGAAACGAAUUAUCAGCGGUUCACUAUAGACAAAUAUUUGAAACGGUAUGAAAAAGCCAUUGGCCACCUCAGCAAAUGUGGACCGGAGUACUUCCCAGAAUGCUUGAACUUAAUAAAAGAUAAAAACUUGUAUAACGAAGCUCUGAAGUUAUAUCCACCAAACUCGCAGCAGUACAAGGACAUCAGCAUUGCUUACGGGGAACACCUGCUGCAGGAGCACCUCUGUGAGCCAGCAGGGCUCGUGUUUGCCCGUGCUGGUGCCCACGAGAAAGCUCUCAGCGCCUUUCUGGCUUGUGGCAGUUGGCAGCAAGCUCUCUGUGUGGCAGCCCAGCUUCACUUGACCAAAGACCAGCUGGCUGGCCUGGGCAGAACUCUGGCAGGAAAGCUAGCUGAGCAGAGGAAGCACGGCGACGCAGCCACAGUUUUGGAACAGUACGCCCAGGAUUAUGAAGAAGCUGUGCUCUUGCUGUUAGAAGGAGCUGCCUGGGAAGAAGCUCUGAGACUGGUACAUAAAUAUAACAGACCAGAUAUUAUAGAAACCAACGUAAAGCCUUCCAUUUUAGAAGCCCAGAAAAAUUAUAUGGCGUUUCUGGACUCUCAGACAGCCACCUUCAGUCGCCAUAAAGCACGUCUAUUGGUGGUACGAGAGCUCAAGGAGCAAGCACAGCAGGUGCAUCUGGAUGAUGAGGCACCCCAUGGUCAAGAGUCAGAUCUCUUCUCUGAAACUAGCAGUGUCAUGAGUGGCAGUGACAUGAGUGGCAAAUAUUCCCACAGUAACUCCAGAAUAUCAGCGAGAUCAUCUAAGAAUCGGCGCAAAGCGGAACGGAAGAAGCACAGCCUCAAGGAAGGGAGUCCACUGGAGGAUCUGGCCCUUUUGGAGGCAUUGAGUGAUGUGGUGCAGGGCACUGAAAAACUGAAAGAUGAAAUAUACCAUAUUUUAAAGAUACUCUUUCUCUUUGAGUUUGACGAGCAAGGAAGGGAAUUACAGAAGGCCUUUGAAGAUACUCUGCAGCUAAUGGAAAGGUCACUUCCAGAAAUUUGGACUCUCACCCCCCAGCAGAGUUCAGCUACACCUGUUCUAGGUCCCAAUUCUACUGCAAAUAGUAUCAUGGCCUCUUACCAACAAGAAAGAACUUCAGUUCCUGUUCUUGAUGCUGAGCUUUUUAUACCACCAAAGAUCAACAGAAGAACCCAGUGGAAACUGAGCCUUUUAGAGUGACUCUGACCCCAGUUAGGAGGGCUCUGGCAGAGAAGGCUGUUUUCCUUCCACUCCUCACUCCUCGAGGCCUGGCUGCUGGGAACUGGGGAGAGUAAGACCAUCUACCUUAGCAUUACGGAGAGCUGCUCUGUGCAGCUGACCUCAGCAGACACCAGUUCUAUUUUAUUUUGCAUAUAAUCUUAAUCGUUAGCAAGGCUUAAAGCUUUAACCAUAUAGCAUCAUUUCGUAAAAAUUACUGUUCUUCUACUUAGUGCUGAUUGAGAGCAUAUUUCUGGUAUUUAUGGUAAUCAGGACAUUGGGUUUCAUUCCCAGCUACAGGUCUGAAUCAUAUUGGGACCGUAAGUAGACAAAUCACAGAAUUGACUUGUGCCUCAGUUAAUUGGGAAUGUUUUGUGGCUGCUACCUCAAAAGUGUGAAGAGAAGUUAAAUAAUGUUUUCGAAUUGUUUUAUGUUCCUUGAGGAAAGCCUUAUGUAUAAACAACUAAUGGCUAUUAGUGCUCCCAACAAUAGGUCGAAUUUAAUCAUUUAAAUGACUUCACCUUGAACUAAAGCAGAGUGAAAAGUGAAAUCUAUCCUUUGAUAUUCUAAGCUUUCCUAGGUUGACAGUGGUUAUUUUGUAAUAUCUUGCCAGGUCAUGUGCUUCCAGUUAUAACUGGUUUGAGCCUCCUAUCACUACAGUGUCCAUAUGGACUAUUUUUAUUGCCUGUGAAUGUUCUGCUAGAGUUAGCAGUGUUAGAGCUGGAACAGAUCAGAAUUUCUGAAACAGUAUUGCGUUCAUUUGGGAUGGUGAGCAGUGUGCAUCAUAAGCAUGAACAGUAGUAAGUUACUCCUUUUUAUCCAAAUGUUGCUUCUUUUAACAUAAUGUUUUUGUCAGUAUUUAGGUCAUUUCAUUUAUUUUUCUUUAUGGUGCUUAACUGACCUCUGUCUUUUAGUUAUUUUCUUUGGAAGAAAUGAGAAUGUUAUCUCUUUUUAGUGAGUCUAGAAAAAAGCUCAGUUCAUUUUGACAGAAGUUUGUGGCUGACUCUUGGGUAAGGUUAACAGUCUCUUUCAUGCUUUUAAUACCAGAACCAGACCUUUAUUACUCUACGUAAACUAACAGGACAUCAGAGUAUAGGUAUACCCAGAAUUGUGUAACUAAAGAAGAAUUUGCCUAGUAUAGCAAAAUGUAAACUUUAGAAUCUAGGUGUGUUCACUGUAUAAUUCAUCUUUUCUGUGUGUCUGAAAAUUUUCACAAAAUAAUAGAAAAAGUAGAAGAAUAUCUAUAAUUAAGUGCCCAACGUUGAAAGGCUGCAGGUGCUUUGUGACUACUCUUUGGUGUGGAUUAAUGAACAUGGUAACUUACAUGUCAUUUUAAUAUAUUAUAGUGCUCUUGCUAUGGAUAAUAGUAAAGGGACCCAUGCUGAUGGGUGGGAAGUAGAAGUAAAUGUGUCUGUUGAUAAUGGUGUGACUUUGCAUGGAUGUUCACUUUCCUUGAAAUAAUAUAUUGAAGCAGCAAAAAAGAAUUUGUGUGAAUACAAAUUACUAUCAGUUAUUCUCUCUCUGAGCAAGAAGGAAUUUUAUUCAUUUGGAGUAGAAGCAAGUGAGAGCAGACCUUCCAAAUUGAAGGCUAAGUCAAGGGUGAAUUCAUGGGGAAAAGUGCUGUGUAUGGGCAAAGGAGAAACUCCUUGGAGUUGUGAAUGCUUAAUUUGUGGGAAAGAUUUUGUCAAGUUCUAGAGAAGGGUAUAUAAUUCUUCCCCCAAAUUUGGCCUCUUCCCAAAGCAAAUUCAUGCAAGAAGCUAAAAGCCUCAGUUAUUUAGUUUGUUCCAUGGAAUCAGCUUUGUUCAGAUGCUCCAGACAUCAAGAGGAAACUUGCAGAGGACUUUCUCCAAUAAAUGCACAUUUUAAAUUUAGACUUCUUUAAAAAACAGAGGCAGGAGCUAAUAUUUUUAUUAUGUCUUUAUGAGUAUAGCUUGGUGUAAUUUCUUAGCAUUGCCAUGUAUUUUAAAAUAACUUUUCCAUAUGUAUCUACAUAUAUACACACAUGCACACAUCUGAGGGAUUUUUCAUAGUCAUAAUUGAAGAGGAUUUCUUAAAAAUAAGCUUUAAGGCAUUUUGAGUUUAUUUUUAUGCAUGGUGUAAAGGUAUGUUCUCACUUCAUUGAUUUACAUGCAGCUGUACAACUUUCCCAGUAUCACUUGCUUAAGAGACUGUCUUUUUCCCAUUUUAUAUUCUUGCCUCCUUUAAGGUUUAAUUGACCAUAGGUGUGUGGGUUUCUGAGUUCUCUGUUUUGUUCCAUUGAUCCAUGUGUCUGUUUUUGUGCCUAUAUCACACUGUUUUGAUUACUGUAGCUUGGUAGUAUUGUCUGAAGUCUGGAAGGUUUAUGCCUCCUGCUUUGUUCUUUUCCUCAGGAUUACUUUGGCAAUCCUGGGUCUUUUAUGGUUCCAUGUAAAUUUUAGGAUUAUUUGUUCUAGUUAUGUGAAAAAUGUCAUAGGUAAGUUGAUAGGGAUUGCGUUAAAUAUGUAGAUUGCUUUCAGUAGUAUGGCCAUUUUAAUAAUAUUAAUUUUUCCAUUUCAAGAGCAUGGGAUAUCUUUCCAUUUCUUUGAAUCAUCUUUAAUUUCCUUUAUUAAUGUUUUAUACUUCUCAGCAUAUAAGUCUUUAAUCUCCUUGGUCAGGUUUACUUCUAAGUAUUUUUAUUUUGGGGCUGUGAUGUUAAAAGGUAUUUUUUUUUUUACAUUCCCUUUCUGGUAUUUCAUUGUUAGUGUAAAGAAAUGCAACCAGUUUCUGUAUGUUAAUCUUGUAUCCUGGUACUUACUGAUCAGUUCUAGUAGUUUUUGUGUGGAGUGCUUAGGAUUUUCUAUAUACAGGGUCAUGUCAUUUGCAGAGAAUGAAAAUUUUACCUCUUCCCUCCCAAUUUGGAUACCUUUUAUUUCUUUUUCAUGUCUGACUGCUGUGGUUAGGACUUCCAGUUCUAUGUUCAGUAGAAGUGGUGAAAGUGAGCAUCCUUGUCUUGUUCCAGAUUUUAGCAGGAGGGCUUUCAGCUUUUCACCAUUGAGUAUUAUAUUGGCUGUGGGUUUGUCAUAAAUAGGUUUUAUUAUGUUGAGAUAUGUUGCCUCUCUACCCACUUUGGAAAGAGUUUUUAACAUGAAUGGACACUGAAUUUUGGCAAAAGCUUUUUCUGCAUCUAUUGAGAUGAUCAUGUGGUUUUUGUCUUGUCUUUUGAUGUGGUGUAUCACAUUGAUUUGCAUAUGUUGAACCAUCCUUGUGAAGUUGGGAUGAAUCCCACUUGGUGUAUGAUUUUUUAUUUAUGGUUGUGUUGGGUCUUUGUUGAUGCUCAUGGGCUUUCUCUAGUUGCGGAGAGUGGGGGCUACUCCUCAUUGCAGUGUGCGGGCUUCUCACUGCAGUGGCUUCUCUUGUUGUGGAGCACGGGCUCUAGGCGCGCAGGCUUCAGUAGUUGUGGCGCACAGGCUUAGCUGCUCCAUGGCACGUGGGAUAUUCCUGGACCAGGGAUUGAACCUGUGUACCCUGCAUUAGCAGGCAGAUUCUUAACCACUGCACCACCAGGGAGGUCCCAUGUAUGAUCUUCUUCAUGUGUUGUUGGAUUCAAUUUGCUAAUAUUUUGUUGAGAAUUUCUGCAUUUGUAUUCAUCAAAGAUACUGGCUUGUAAUUUUCUUUUUAGGUGAUACCUUUGUCCAGUUUUGGUAUCAGGGUGAUGGUGGCUUCAUAGAAUGUCUUUGGUAGUGUUUGUUCCUCCUCUUCAGUGUUUUCAAAGAGUUUGAGAAGGAUUGGUAUAGGUUCUUCUUUGUAUGUUUGGUACAAUUCACCUGUGAAGCCAUCCAGUCCUGGACUUUGUAGGGAGUUUUUUCAAAUUGUCUAUUUCUUCUUGAUUCAAUUUUGGUGGGCUCUGUCUUUCUAGAAACUUGUCUAUUACAUCUAGGUUUUCAAAUCUGUUGCUAUAUAAUUGUUCAUAGUAUUCCCUUAUAGUUUUUUGUAUUUCUGUGUAACUGGUUGAUUUUUCAUUUCUUAUUUUGCUUAUUUAGGUUCUCUUGUCUUUUUGUGCCUGGAGAGUUUUGUCAAUUUUGUCUGCCCUUUCAAAGAACCAGCUCUUGCUUUUAUUGGUUUUUGUCCUUUUUUAAAUCUCUAUUCCCCUCUGAUCUUUAUUCUUUCCUUUCUUCUGCUGACUUUGUUUUGUUUGUAAUUCUCUUAAGUGGUUGGUUAGGUUGAGAUUUUUCUUGUUUUGUAAGGAAGGGCUGUAUUGUGAUAAACUUCCCCCUAGAACUGGUUUUGCUGCACCCCCUAGAUUUUGUAUGGUUGUAUUUUCACUGUCAUUUGUCACAAGGUAAUUUUUCAUUUCCUCAUUGACCCAUUGUUUUUUUAGUAGCAUGGUGUUUAGUCUCCAUGUAAUCGUUUUUCGCAUUUCUUUUUCUGUGAUUUCAAGUUUCAUGGCACUGUGGUCUGAGAAGAUGCUACAAAUAAUUCCUACACUCUUAAAUUUGUGGAGGUUUGUUUUGUGCCCUGGUAUGUGGUCAGUCCUAGAGGAUGUUGCUUGUGCACUUGGAAAGAAUGUGAAUUCUGGUUUUUUGGAUGUAAUGUCCUGGAAACAUCAAUUAACUCUUAACUGUUCUAUUGUAUCAUUAUAUGUUCUAUUGUAUCUCUAGAAGAGAUCAUAGGCAAAACAUUCUCUGAUGUAAAUCGUACCAAUGUUUUCUAAGGUCAGUCUUCCAAGGCAAUGGAAAUAAAAAUAAAUGGGACCGUGUCAAA